AUGCCUGGCUGUUUUAAAAAGACUUUAUGUGCCUUGGCUUCUCUCAUAAGCUUUGUGUCUUCUGUCUUGAUUGUUGUUGCAAUGGGGACCCCAAAGUGGAUGACUGGAAAGAUCCUUUGCAAAACAGGAGCUGAUUUGGUCAAUGCCACAGAUCCAGAGCUGGUCAAGUUCAUUGGAGAAAUUUAUUAUGGACUCUUCAGGGGUGGCAAAAUACGGCAGUGUGGGUUGGGAGGGCGGCGUUCCAAAUUCACAAUUUUCCCACACAUGGUGAAAAAGCUGAACACAGGCCUGCAUGUGAUGAUUAUCAUGUUCCUCUGUGUGGCCAUUUGCUUUUCUCUGGUCAGUUUUGGAUUCUGCAUUCUUAAUGCAAUAAAAGUUCCUUACCGGGCUAUUAAAGGCCCAGCAGGAAUAUGCCUUUGGAACUUCCUUGCAGGAGGAUUUAUUGCACUUGCAGUCACCAGCUUCAUGGCUGCUGUGAGACUUCAUCACCUCACGGAAAGAAUUGCCAAUUUUCGGGAAAAUGUCUUUAAAUUUGUUAUCUUAGAAGAACGUUUUGAAGACUGUUUUUGGCUUUGUGUGGCAGGUGCCACAGCACAUGCAGUAAAUUUGCUGCUAAUUCUCAUAAGUGGGAUUAAUUUCCCUAAAAUCAAGACUAAAACAGAAGAAGCAAAUGUUACAGCAGAAGAUAUCAUGUACUAG